UUAUAUUUACUUCUUUCUCACACUAUAUUAUAUAUCACUGCACUCUUCACCAUCUUCAUCACACAUAUUUAACUCCAUUGUUACUUAUUCAUAUUUUCUUCUAUAUAGUAACAUUUUUAGAUUGUGUCAGGUUUCAAAAUGAAGAAAGAUAUCAUAGCUCUUGAAAAUGGUGUUGCAAAUGUUCCAAAUUCUCUUCUUGAUGAUGAUGGAAGACCCAAAAGAACUGGAACGGUAUUGACUGCGGCUGCACAUAUCAUAAAUGCGGUUAUUGGGACCGGCGUCCUCUCCUUACCAUGGGCCAUGUCCCAAAUGGGAUGGACCCUUGGAAUAUCAUGCAUUUUUGUCUUUUCUGGUGUUACACUCUUCACAUCAAAUCUUCUAGCUGAUUGUUAUCGAUCACCCGAUCCAGUUACCGGCAAAAGAAACACCACUUACAUGGAAGCUGUCAAAGUUCACUUAGGUGGAAAACAGUAUGUGUUUUGUGGUUUGGUUCAGUACAUUAACCUUUCUGGUUUCACAAUUGGUUUCAUCAUAACUACAUCUACAAGUAUAGUAACAAUAUUGAAAAACAAUUGCUACCGCAAGAAUGGGUUUGAAGCUUCAUGUCGUUUUUCUAAUAACCCAUACAUGAUUACUAUUGGACUAAUUGAAAUAGUAUUAUCUCAAAUUCCAAAUUUUCACAAGCUAUCUAUUCUCUCAGUCAUGGCAGCUACCAUGGCUUUUGGCUAUGCUUCCAUUGGAGUUGGACUUUCUCUUUCAACUUUAAUUCAAGGAAAUGGAAACAUAAAGAGUACAACAUUAUUUGCGGGAAACGACGAAAGUCGUAGUACAUCAGAUAUAGCAUGGAAUAUGCUGGUUGCAAUAGGAGACAUUGCACUCGCUAGUGCUUAUGCUCAAAUUGCAGUAGAUAUUCAAGAUAGUUUGAAAUCAUCACCACCAGAAAAUAAAACAAUGAAGAAAGCAAACGCACUUGCCUUAUUCAUUAUGACUAUUUUCUUUAUCUUGAAUGGAUGUGCUGGAUAUGCUGCAUUUGGUUCAAAUACUCCUGGUAACAUACUCAUGAGUUCCGGCUUUCGGAAACCUUUCUGGUUAUUGGAAUUGGCCAAUGUCUUCAUAGUUGUCCACCUAGUGGGAGCAUUUCAGGUACUAGUCCAACCUGUGUUUCGUAUAGUUGAAAUGAUGGCGGCGGAAAAGUGGCCAAACUCAAGUUUGGUAACAAGGGAGAUUCCUAUGAAUUUUGGCAAAACAAAAUACACUAUCAACUACUUUAGAUUACUUUGGAGGACAAUCUUUGUAAUAGUGGUAACUGUUUUAGCCAUGGCGAUGCCAUUUUUCAAUGCAAUGAUUGCCCUUCUUGGUGCUGUUGGAUUUUGGCCUUCAGUUGUUUAUUUUCCUGUGGAGAUGUAUAUAGUCAAACAAAACAUCAGAAAAGGAACAAUUCGUUGGAUUGGGCUUCAAACAUUGAGCAUUUUCUGUUUCAUUGUGUCAUUGGCUGCAACAGUUGGAGCUAUUCAUGGGUUGGGUGAAGGCAUUGGAAAAUACAAACCUUUUAUGUAUAAGGCCUAAUGGGGUUUAUUGGUAUAAUUAAUGUAUUAAAUGUGGGCUAAGAUAAUCAUUUAUCAUAUAAUUAUAUAAUAGCAUGAGUAUAAAACCUUGUAAACCAUAAUAUGGUUAUUGUCUGUGUCAUUUUGAUGACAUAUAUUUAAGACUAUGCUUAGGAAAUAAAUAACCAAAUGUGGAGGAAAAAAUACUUAUAAUGCAACUUAAAAUUAUGUUACAAAAUUUGACUUAGCUUAAUUUUUG